AUGGCAUCCUCAACCAACCUAGCGACGCACCGGCAGAUGACGCGCGACCUGCUCUCCCGCGCCCACUCCCCCGACAGCGUGGAGCGCAUCUACAACGAAAAAAUCCUGCACCGAACUCUGCACCUGCGCCCGUCUUCCCCUCCUCCGGGCGUCAUCAGCGCGAGGACGGCGCGUCGGAAGAGACGUCAGCAGGAGCGCGACAGGACGCGCAAGCAGAAACCCGCCCCGCUGUCUGCGCGCGAGCGACGCAGGCUGGGACUCGACGAGACAGCGCGGGACGGACAGAGGUAUGCCACGUACGAAGGCCUGAACAAACUCUGGAUGGGAUACAUGCGCGAGAUACUGGGGACGGAUGUGCACGUGGGCGGGGUGAAUGCUGCGGCCAAGCUGGCCAGUGCAGAGUUCCACGGGGCGCACGUCGAGGUUGUGCGGAGCCGAUGUCCCGGACGGGUGGGCAUAAGUGGCAUAGUAGUAAGAGAUGGAAAAUACGCCAUGGACAUUGUUACGAGGAAGAGGGGCGUCAAGAUUGUUCCCAAGGAGGGGACUGUGUUUCGGGUGGCGGUGGCGGUGGGAGAGGAUGAGAAACUACCACGGCAGGACAAGCGACAAGACGGACAACAGCAGGAACAAGAGCAGCAGAGGGGAAAUGACCGACAAGACAAAUCAUUCGUAUUCGACAUCCUGGGGGACCAGAUGAUGUUGCGGUCGGCGGACAGGGCCACACGCAAGUUCAAGGGACACUUUCUCAAGAAUCUAUGA